AUGGCGGCCAACUACUGGGAUUCGACACAGCGUACGCACUGGACUUUCACAAAGGACCAACUCGAUGAUAUCCGAAAUCAACAACAACAAGACAACCAGGAGCUGUAUCACAAAUAUCCCAUGCCUGAUCCGCGACUUAUGAAUAUAUACGUUGGACGGGAAAUCGGGAAGCUCGGUCGUAGGAUGAACGUUAGACAACAACCUCUGGCCACAGCUCAGAUCUAUGUUCGACGGUUCUAUACCAAAGUCGAGAUCCGAAAAACCAAUCCAUACUUGGUCAUGACAACAGCCGUGUACGUUGCCUGUAAGGUUGAAGAGUGUCCAAUACACAUUCGUCUGGUACUGGCCGAAGCGGCUAGACAGUGGCCAGAGCUUGGCAUCAACGACAUCAGCAAGAUUGGUGAAUGCGAGUUCAAUCUUAUCAGCACCAUGUCAGCACGCAUGAUCAUCCACCACCCGUAUCGAAGUCUCAGCGAUUUGGCUCCUAGUCUGAGCCUGUCUGUGGAUGAGAUGGUUAUGGCUCAGAAUGUCAUUAACGAUCACUACAACACCGAUAUGCCUCUCAUGUACCCGCCACACAUCAUCGCUGUCACAGCUAUGUUCCUAGCUAUAGUCCUGCGUGGGUCACAACAGCCAAAUUUACAACAACAUGCUGCCACAACGAGUGCAUCGGCCUUGCAGAAUGCGCUACAAAAUCCGGCCAAGAUGGCCAAGAUGACAGACUGGAUGGCUCAAAGCGAGAUCGAUAUUGAAGCAUGUAUGGCUGCGACUCAAGAGCUUAUCAGCCUUUACGAAGUCUGGGAGAACUUCACAGAUAGAAAUUGUAAGGAAGCCAUUUCGAAGUUCAUGAAGGACGCACAAAUUGGCAAAUAG